UUGAACAUCAACCAAUCACAAUAACAAGUGGUGAGUCAAAGGCAUGGUUCAAGUUAUGCUAGCCAACAUGGCUACUAAACUCCGGAGGAGCUUAUGUUGUGGUUUUAGAUAGUGGUUCUACGAAAAAGAAUAUAUAUAAAUGCAAAUAGGCCACAAGGAUAACAUGGAGAAGGCACACAUAAUUACGUGCACAGCUCCUGUGAAUAUAGCUGUCGUUAAAUACUGGGGAAAGAGAGAUGAGGACCUAAUUCUACCCAUUAACUCAUCGUUGAGCGUCACACUUCAUCAAGAUCAGCUAAAAACAACCACAACAGUGACCACCAGCAAGUCUUUUCAAGAAGAUCGACUAUGGCUCAACGGGAAAGAGGAGGAUAUCAGCCAUCCGAGGUUACAGUCCUGUCUGAGAGAGAUUCGACGUCUUGCAAGGAAAAGACGAAAUGACGCAGACCCCGAUUUGGAUUCAACUUGUUUGUCUCAUAAAGUUCACAUCUGUUCCGUCAACAACUUCCCCACUGCUGCUGGACUUGCUUCCUCAGCUGCUGGUUUCGCAUGCUUAGUGUACACGCUGGCCCAGGCAUUUGGUGUAGAAGGGGACUUGUCUGGGGUUGCUCGCCAAGGUUCAGGCAGCGCAUGCAGGAGUAUGUACGGGGGGUUCGUCAAGUGGAUCAUGGGGCAUCAGAGUGACGGCAAGGACAGCGUUGCCCAGCAGGUGGAGCCAGAGACUCAUUGGCCCGAACUGAGAAUACUUGUGCUUGUGGCCAGUGCUGAGCGCAAACCUGUGGGCAGCACGUCAGGCAUGCAAACUAGCAUACAAACAAGUUGUCUUCUAAAGCACCGGGCCGAGUCGGUUGUCCCAGGCCGCAUGGUCGAGAUGAUUGAAGCAGUGCGCAAGAAAGACUUUACUGCUUUUGCUGAACUAACGAUGAAGGACAGUAACCAGUUUCAUGCCACCUGCCUGGACACAUACCCUCCAAUAUUCUACCUCAACAGUGUGUCUCAUCAAGUCAUCAACUUGGUGCAUCGAUAUAAUCGACACUACGGCGAGACCAGGGUGGCGUACACCUUUGAUGCAGGACCCAAUGCUGUGAUAUUCACUUUACAGCAGCACGUUCUUGACUUUAGUCAAGCUGUCCGGCAUUUCUUCCCUCCAGAAACUAAUGGACAGUUUAUAAAAGGUCUUCCAGUUCCUCAAGCUGAUAUUUCAGUGGAGCUAAAACAGGCUAUUGGUUUGGAGCCCAUGCCUAAAGGAAUUAGCUACAUUAUCAGCACAAAGGCUGGUCCAGGUCCUUGUGUUGUGAAGGAUCCUACACAGCAUCUGCUGGGACCUGAUGGGUUACCAAAGCACAGUGAGAAACAUCAAGACAAUGGAGUAGAACACAAAAAUGGUUGCUAAUAUGUACAUGCAUUUCCUAUAAGUCUCUCAAUUGACAGAUAUUUUAGAAUGACAUUGUUUUUGCCUCUGAACACUGAUUUAGAAAUAUGGAUUUUGUCAUUGAGAUUGUGAAUGUGUCAUUGGCCUCUGAUUGGCUCAGCCUCAGGCAGAACAUGGUAGCUGUGUAAUCAUGUUUUUGACCAACCUACUAAACUAUAAAAUAUGUUUGUUGUAUAAGUAAUUGCUUUAAUUCAAAGUGUAUAUACCUACAAAGUUAUAUGAAAUUGUGUAAUAAAGUAGUACCUCAACUUACAAA